AUGGACAAAACUAAAACUGAGAAAAAACACGGGAAAAGAACGCAGGUACGAUUACAUAUCUUUAACAUAUACGUCAAUUCAAACCGUACACGUAAUAAUCUUAAAGGCAAUUUUCCAUCGCAGUCGUUUUGCCCGAGCGGGACGAGUAAACAUUACUCAACUUUCUCUGUAGUUGUCUAUCCUGUGUAUUUUUUGUCCGCCUGACUACUCGCAGACACGCCCCAUAAAAGUAGAGCUACAUUCAACUUUUUUGGCGUGUCCGCGCGACUGAUUUUUCACGCGAUUUAAAAUUGGUCGCUCCACCCGUGCGGGCAAAGCGACUGCAAUGGAUAAUUGCCUUAAGUGAUCAUCAUCUUCUACGUCGUAACGCUUCACUUCCCACGACAAAUAUUAUAGGCCGUUUAAAAAUCAUUCAUGCAUAACAGAAUCAUUACUUUCCAGUUUUGUUCGUGCAAGAAUAGUUGUCAAAAAGGAACAGGCCGCAAAAGAGUAGGCUGUCCUUGUAAAGACGAGGGAUUGUAUUGUAGUGAUGAGUGCAAGUGUGGUACAAGUGUCAUUGUGUGUAGGAAUAACCAACACAACUGUCAAACGAAGAGCGCUGGUGUCGAGUCUGAUGAACUGCGAAAAAGUAGUUCAAAAACAGAUUUGGUGACACAAUUGUCAAACAUGGUAAGUUUUUAAGAGGGUUUUCUUCUAGCACAGUGAAGAAUUUGAAAUACAAAUGUAGUAAAUGAAAGUGAAUUUGUCUGCUAAAUCGCAAAAUGAAAUUUAAGGUAACCAAUUUAGGUUUCCUUGUAGAGAACACGAAUUUUCCUUUCAACAAAGUUUUUGUUGAUCUGUAAGUCCAGAUCUUCGUCAGCGCAAGUAAUACGUCAUAUGAUGAUCUUGUUCUCUUUAUUAUCCAACUACAGAAGGUGAGCGAUGAAAGUGAUGCUGGUAUUUCUGACGAAGAAUCGUUAUCAAAACAAAGAUCUUCUAGAAAGACAACAUCAAUUGUUAAUGUAUCUGUGAGACCAAGCCUCCCUCUUGAAGGUUUGAAGAUUAAUUGACACCUAACAGACCUAUAGGGCGCUUUCCAUUAACACGGCCAGACCGGUCAGAACGGUCAAAUUGUUGAAUGGAACACAAAACAUUUGGGCUUCGGACCUAUCUGACCGGAAAAUUUAGAUAACAUUAGAAUGAGGUUCAUUUUCGCUAGAUAUUUGAGAAACAUAGACCAGAUCUUUCCAUUGAUACAGAGAAAAGAAUUCGGGUCUGACCGGUCAGGACAUUAAAUGGAAAGCGCCCAUAGUUCGAUGUAGACAAAAUGUUAGACGUCUUUUCUAUCAGUAUGCACAUAACCACGUCCAAAAUAAAUUUUAUCACGAGUGUUAGACGAGUUAAAACGUUUUAACAUGCCAUGGAGUUUCUGCCUAAACACAUAAUUAUUUUCAGCUAAAAAGCGACAGCACAGAAUCAACAACGGUUAUGCCUUGGUCAUACACAACAAAUAUUUCGAUAAACUCCGACAAAGAAAAGGAUCUGAAAAAGAUCUAGAAGCAAUAAAAAUCUUCUGUGAAAAAGCGGAUUUGACAAUUGAUAUUCGAGAGGGUCUUAAAGUGAACGAUAUACGCAUCCUUUGCCGUCAACUCAACGAAACCAGAACAUUUCAGAACCAUGAUGCGUUUCUUUGCUUUAUACUUAGCCAUGGAAAUAGGUAAAUACUUAUUUAUUAAUCUAUUUCAUAUUUUUAUGUGGUUUUUUUUUUAUGUAUCCACCUCAACAUUCACUGUGAGAAGAAACUGAAGAAACCCCACGACUUUCGGUAGAGCCUUGACCCGCUUUUUUCAGAUCAAUGUCCGCAACGAGGAGAAUGGACCAAUCCCCAAUUAACCAAAAUUUUGAACUCAACAAGUCUAGACAAAAUUUCAUCACAGCUUGAAAGAGCAUCACAAAAUUAAUAAUAUUCCAAAGUUUCGUUGCAAAAUGUUGUAAAAUGCGGAUAAUAUAGCCUUGUAAAGUUUGCUGUUUUUCAGUCAUUUUGCAUUACGCACGGACUGGUAACCAUUUCCCGUUCGUAAUCUAAAAUGACUGAAAAUUGCAAAUUUCGCAAGGCUAUAUUAUCCGCAUUUUACAACAUUUUGCAACGAAACUUUGAAAUAUUACUAAUUUUGUGAUGAAAUUUUUGUCUAGACUCGUUUAGUUCAAAAUUUUGGUUAAUUAGCUAUUCCGAAGUCGACGAGAGGACUGGGGACGAGUGUUAAAAAGUGCCCAAAUUAAGAAAUGAACCAAAUCACUAAAAAGACCACCUCAAAAUGAGUAAGUAUACAAAGUUUGAAGACGUUUACAUGAAUACCCUUCGAAUAAUAAGCUUUCGAAAAUCACGAUAUUUACUAUGAAAUGCACUGUAAUUUUUGUUUUGGGGGACGCGCGUCCCAAAAACAAUCUUUUAAUCAGUAAUUUUACAAUUUCCGAAAGCUUAUUAUUCCAAGGGUAUUCAUGUAAACGUCUUCAAACUUUGUAUACUUACUAAUAUUGAGGUGGUCUUUUUAGUGAUUUGGUUCAUUUCUUAAUUUGGGCACUUUUUAACACUCGUCCCCAGUCCACUCAUCAACUUCGGAAUGGCUAAAAUCCAUUGAAGCCACAUUUUCAGAGGUGAAAGACGCUUGCUGUGAUGAUCGCGAUGAACCCCUUACUACUACUACUACCAGAUCUAUUCUUCGCUAAAUAUAUCUUUCGUUAAAUAGGUCUGGCAUUUGUGGAGCGUACGAUGAUACAAUAAGUGUACAUGAAAUUGUUUCGUAUUUCAAAGAAAAUAACGACCUGUUGGGAAAGCCAAAACUGUUUUUCGUUCAAGCGUGUCGAGCGAAUAGUGACGAGGUCGAAGAUGAUGGUUGUGAAGGUGGUCAAGAAAAACGUUUAUGCCCACAAGACUCAUCCGAUACUCUGGUGGCAUAUUCAACUAUCAAGGGUAAACUAUCAUACAGGCAAAUCUGCACAGGAUCCUGGUUUAUUCAGACAUUGAUGAAGCAGUUUAAAGCGCAUGCACAAAGCUCGCAUCUGAUGGAUAUCAUGACUGUAGUAAAUGAAGAUAUAGCUGGCAGUGAUUAG